GCGCGGAGCUGCAGGCCUCGGAGUCCGCCAUGCACCGCGCGCAGGAGGAGCGGGACCAGGAGAAAGCGGCCCUGUUGGAGCUGGAGGACAAGGUGGAGCAGACGGAAAAGCUGCUGAAGCAAACGGAGAAAAAAGAGAAGAAGCUUCUGGAGGAAAACGCCAAGAAGGACGUGCGCGACGUGAAAAAGCUGCAAGAGGACUUCAAGGUUCCCGACCCGGUUUUGAAGUGCCUCUUGCAAACCAGGAUGUGCCUCCAGGCGGGCCACCACAAGUGCUGGAGCAAACCUCCUCCCGCGGACGAGCAGCACGGGGGACAAGGAGCAAACCCUGCGGCGGGAACCGAAGAUGUUGAAGGAGAUGGGGAAGGAAUAAACACAGCAUCUUCAAAGCCGCCAGAGCUGAUCGUGCUAGAAUCGGAGGAGAUCGACGAUUUUGCGAGCUGCCGGAAAACCGCGCGGGUCAUCGACCUGGACGAAGGCGCCUCGGAUGAGGAGAGGCAGAGGGAAAAACAAGAUAAACAAGGAGCAGCGCAAAAGCGAAGCGGUUCAGAAAGGAACAAGGACGACACGACAAUUGGGGCCGGCGGUUGUACGAAAAGUGCAAGCACAUCAAGGCCGGCAGCUGGAUCCUCUUCAUCUUCCUCGAGUGCUCCUGGAAUAAAUCAGACGAACACGGCGAAUGCAGCUAGUAGUACUGGUGCGUCGACUUUGGGUGGAACCGGCGCUACUUCGUCCAGCUCGAGCAGGCCUGCGGUAAUGCAGCACGAAGAACUUCUACAGCCCGCGCCAGAUACUAACCAGAAUAUCGUUAAUAAAACAGCCGUCCCGCCGCACGCACAGCCUUUUGUGCUGGACAUCUCGGACUUUUACCCGUUUCGGGACCAAAGCGAAUCGCUGCUGCCGGAAAAGACUAGUGGCUGGCCGCAGGCCGAGACGACGCGGUUCUACCAAGUGAUGCGCAAGGACGACGACGAGCGGCGACGGGUGCGCCGCGAACUGACCGCGGGAAGGAAGCGAUACAACUUCAAGCGCAAGCGGGCCGCAGAGCACGAACAAGAGUGCAUCGGCGUGGAGAACGAGAUCGCGGCGCUCGAGGCGGAGCUCGGCAAACUGGACGACGAGUUGUGCGUUACGAAGUAUGAGAAGGAGCUCGCGAGCAAAAACGUGGACCCCGACCGCGGGCCUGCCCGCGAGGCGGAGAAGCUCUUCUCGCCCUCGCCCGCGCCACGGGUGAGGAAGCAGGAGAAAAGGCAAUUAUUGGGAGCGGCGGGCAUCACUACAGGAGCAGGUGUAGGUACAAGUCAAGUCAGGAACAGAGAAUUGAAAGCCGUUCCCUCGUCCCCCCUGGAGCUGCCGUCCUCCUCCUCGCGAGGCUUUGUCGGCGGAACAAAGACGGGUGUUCGUGGCGAAAGUGAUCUGCUCCGAGGGCCACAGCUGCAAGAUGAACCUCAGGCGAAACGGAGAAAAAUUUUGCAGGACGCGGUCACCUCCACUGGGACAAGUGGCAAUGCUGUAGGGUCGAACUCCAACUCGUCAAGCAGAAAAAGAGAUGCCGCCGGUCUAAUUGUAAUUGACGAAACUGCAAGUAGGGACGCAAUGGUAAUGGAUGUUGCUAAGAGCAGGGAGCGAAAAGUACGCCCUCCAGCAGGGCUAAGGAGCAGGUGGGCGCAUUCUCGCCCACCUGCUCCUGCUGCUGUUGACGAAAACCACUUUGGUCUUCACCAGAGCCUCCUGCCAAACGACCCCCGGCCCGAUGAUGCGACUGUGGGUGUGGUGGAGAUAAAAGAGGCUGUGACCGCUACGAGAAGUGCCGCAAAUUAUGCCGAGCAAACCGAUCAUGACGCCUCGAGCAAUCCUCCGUUUGAGGCAAUGAAUUCAAAUGAACCUGCUCCGUCGGGGGCACCAUCAAGUCGCAAGGGUCCUGCAAUGUCGACGUCUUUGGCCACAGGCGUUGACGAUGUGCACCCCUCUAUCUUCACGGGAGCUGCCCCAACAUCGUCGUCAGCCGGUGGCAACAAACAGAUCGAGAAUGUGACAAGCCCUGGCCUAAGCCAUGGUCUUGAACGACAGCACCACAGAAACAAAACAGGAACCGAUGAAGCAGGGCUCUUUGACGGUCCGGAGAAGGCAGUGCCCAGCCCCGUGAGGUCGAUCGCUGGUCGAUCUGCUCCCGCCGCGAAGGGCCCUGAACUGGAGCACUUGAAGAGACAGAAGGUCAUGAGUUCUUCGUCUACCUCCUCGGCCGCCGCGCCUCAAGAUAAGCUCCAGGGGCUUCCCUCCACUUCGGCAGCAGCGUCAUCGGCAAUGGCCCCUCCGGUACUUGAACUUGGAGACAAAAAGCGCCCUGUUGUUCAUCUGGAGGCCGCCGCGAAUUCAACAGACGGCAAGGGCGGCUUACCACCUGUACUAACAGGACCACAACCGGGAACAUCGAGAACCGGCAGCGCUUUAGUACGUGGUGCUGCCAGCAGUGAGAUCCUGCCGUCGUCAACAUCAUCAUCCUCGAUGAAUACUACGGCCAGUACUCGGGGCACCAACAAAGGGAAGAACAAAAUGAAAAGACCGGCUGAAAACUACAGCAGCGACGAGGAGAAAAACCAAAGCCAAAAGCCCGGGAUGUUGGGAGCAGCCACUUCCAGAGGCGGCAAGAAGGGCAGCGCCGGCACCUUUCGGCCGCGAGUAAAUCUGAACCUGCUCGGAGGAACUACCGGGGUCGGCAGUGGUCGGGGGAACUACAAUUCCGGAGGUGCUCAAUCCGCAGCUGCUGUAUGGUUGUACACGGAAAAGUGGCGGUGUUUUGUAGCAAUGCGAUUCAUGAUCAUGAUGAUCUUCUUCAUUCGCAUGAAACUGAAACUGAGUUGCAGAUCGCAUACAGGGGACAACUACAGAAGAUGAUAUUUGUGCAUGAUGGAAAAUGACUCCGCAUUGCGCACAAGGAUCCAUUACCACUUUUCCACUGGAUGCUGCUCAGGGACGAAUCCGGCCGCGAAACGAAGUGCGGUGCCCAAAUUCGCCCGGCACAUUCAAUGAACAUCAACACUCUCUGUCAGUUUACUUAUUUCGUUCCUCUAGAGCGACCACAGUUUGUCUCCAAGUCCAAGCACAGUCUCCGGGAUCAUUCCCUGUUUACGCAUUCUGCAGCAAGAUACUGUAAUAAUCAGAACCCCAAAAUGAAUCACGCCAAACAUACAGGUGUGCAUGAGCAGUUUUACCAUUACGGCAAAGAGAAACGAACCCAACAUGUUGAGCGCAUUUUGCUUGUAUUUUGCUCGGACCUUCACGCACUGGGUCUCAGACACAGUGCGAAAAGCUACUAC